AUGGAACCAGAAAAUGCCACACAAAUUUACAAAAUCUUUCUUCUGGGAAUUUCAGAGAACUCCACUUUACAACCCUUCCUCUUUGGACUAUUCCUGUUUAUGUACCUGGUCACUGUGCUUGGGAAUUUGGUCAUCAUUCUGCUCACAGUGUCAGACUCCCACCUGCAUAUACCCAUGUACUUCUUCCUCUCCAGCCUGUCUUUUGCAGACAUUGGCUUCACGUCUACCAGCAUCCCAAAGAUGCUGGUGAACAUCCAGAUUCAUAGCAAGGUCAUCACUUAUGAAGGCUGUAUCAUCCAAGUAUACUUCUUCACACUCUUUGGAGUUUUGGACAGCUUGCUUUUGACAGUGAUGGCUUAUGACUGCUUCUUGGACAUUUGUCACCCUCUGCAUUACAUGGUCAUCAUGAACCUCAGGGUCUGUGGAUUGCUAGUGCUGGUGUCCUGGGUCACAGCUGCCUUAUAUUCCUUGUUAGGAAGUUUAAUGACUUUGAGUCUGUCAUUCUGCACAGACUUGGAAAUCCAACAGUUUUUAUGUGAGAUUAAUGAAUUAAUCCAACUUGCAUGUUCUAACACCUUUGCUAAUGACAUAGUGAUGUACUUUGCAGUUGUGCUUCUAGGUGGCGGUCCCUUUGCUGGUAUUCUUUACUCUUAUGCUAAAAUAGAUUCCUCCAUUAGUGCCAUCUCAUCAGCUCAGGGGAGGUAUAAAGCAUUUUCUACCUGUACAUCUCACAUCUCUGUUGUCUCCCUAUUCUAUUUUACUAUCCUGGGUGUUUACCGUAGUUCUUCUGUUAGCCAAAACACACAAUCAACUGCAAGAGCCUCAGUGAUGUAUAGCAUCAUCACACACAUGCUGAAUCCCUUCAUUUACAGUCUGAGGAAUAAGGACAUAAUGGGAGCUCUGAGAAGACUCUCCAGAGGGAAGCCAUAAGAGUCAAUUUACAGGAAGUAUCUAUUAUCAUGGUACUCUAGAUCUCAGAGCCACACACUGCUCUUCUUUAAUGGAAUAGUGAAGGGCAAUUUUUUCUCAGAAGUAUUUUCUUGAAUUUCAACUGCUGCAUAGAAUUAAAACAACCUCAUUUGUAAUGUUUCUACUUUCCUUGAUAUCCAAUGUUUUAUCUG